AUGGCCGUUAUUGGGUCAAAAGGCUGCUCUGCCCCCAAUUUGGCCUUCUACGCCUACUCUUUCUCCGUGACCUCGCGAUAUCUACACUUCGUAUUCAGUAUGCGUCUUACCAUUGCAGCUGGUGUUUUGGUAGCCACCGUUGCUGCGCAUCCCCAGGGCGGCUCGAUGCUCGGCCUGCCGCUCGGCAUUGGCGCUCUGCUCAAAUCACUUGGCCCGGCCCCUGCAAAUGAUCCUCGGUUCACCAACUUCAAGCCUGCAGGGUCUGGUGAUGUCCGCUCUCCAUGUCCUGCUCUAAACACCCUCGCAAACCACAACUUUAUCCCGCACAAUGGCAAGGGCAACACUAUCCCCGUCCUGAUCAAGGGCCUUGCAGAAGGCCUAAAUAUUGGCGCCGACUUCACAGUUGCCAUCGGCGGCGCCGGUCUUCUCUCCUCGCCUAAUCCGCUCGGGGGCUCCUUCGACCUAGACGACCUGAACAUGCACAACUUUCCCAUCGAGCAUGACGCGUCUAUAUCCCGUCAGGACGCCGCUCUUGGCAACGACCAGCCAUUCUACAACCCUAAUUGGCAACAGUACAUUGCCUUCUUCAAUGGCAAGACUGUCACCGACGUGCCAACGGCCAGCAAGGCCAAGUUCGCUCGUUACAACGACAGCUUGACCAAGAACCCGGACUUCACAUACGGCGUCCGCGAAGCCAUCCUUUCGUAUGGUGAAAACGCUCUUUACCUCCAAGCUAUGAGCGACCCGGUUAGCGGCAUGGCUAAUAUCGACUACGUGCGCAGCCUGUUCGAGAAGGAGCAGUUGCCGUACAACCUCGGCUGGAGGCCAAGUAAGGCGCCUAUCACCCUAGCGAGUGUGGGUAAUAUGGUGGUGCAGCUGUACGGUAGCAGUCCUGAGCCUAUUCCCGAGGGUGCAAAGAUUCUCGCCGACAGCUAUAAAGAUGUCCUGGUUGCGGUUGUGGGUGGAAGUAAUAUCUUGGCGAAUUUGACAGAGGGGAUUAGUUCGACGCUUGGGUUGUAG